CUUAGCUUCCUCUCCACGAUUACUCAGUUCUACGAUGACUGACCAGAACGGAGAUGCGCAUCCGGUGGUAGACUCUCCGUCGUCUCCAUAUCAUCAACUUCGACAGGAUACUAUCAGAGCGUACGAGACUAUGUAUGGCUCCUUGGACAAUCAUUACUCACUUGGAAACACACCCUUCUCUCCUUUGUCAGAUUUGCAAAUCCUAGAAUCGAGUUUUGGAAGAUUGGGUGUCUCGGAUCCAAACGCUCGUCAACAGCAGCUACUUGAUCAUCGUCGAAGCAAUCAAUAUCCUUUUGGCGGUCAAGAUCGAGGUAUGAAUGUCCGUGACUACCAUAACCCUUCGUAUUAUCCGCAUCCAACUGAACGAGAGCAGCUUGAUCAGGCUGCGCAGAGACUGUGGUUUAGUCAGGAUAAUCAUUAUGAUGUUUAUAAGUCAUAUGAUAAUGGUUCUCAUGGGCGUAGCAAUAGUGGCUUGACGGGUCGUCCUCCUUAUAUUGGCUUCAACGGAGAUCUAGGAGAGGUUCCUUUAACCUCACGUAAUCAUAAUUUAUGUGAUCAAAGCCCUUGGAGUUUUUCACAUGUGCCUGGAACCCGCACUAAUCGUCAUGAUCCCUACACCAUGGAUAACUCUAGAGCUAAAGAUACCAUACUUUCACGUGCUAAGGACGUUGUGGAGUCUGCUAAGUUGCAAAAAGUGAUUGUGGAAGGUUCAAGGGACACAGUUCAUAAAAUACUUGACGAGUUGAAAACACAUGUUUGUGAGCUGAUGGUUGACCCGGUUGGCCAUCAAGUCUUUCAAAAGAUUAUUGAGAAAUGCACCGGUGAACAGACCACCCAAAUUUUGAAUAUAGUGAUUCAACAACCUAUUCAGUUUGUCAGAAUUUGUGGCGAUACUCAUGGAACUCGUGCAAUACAAGAUUUGAUGCGGUCUCUUUGUUCUGAAGAGCACAUAUCCCGCUUUAUGCAAACUAUAUGCCAUGUUGCACUACUCUUGACCAAAAGCACAAACACGAACCAUGUGAUUUCGUUCUGCUUCCGUCAUUUUUCUCCUUUACAAACCCAUUGUCUUCUUCAAGUGAUUGUUCAGAAUUGUUAUCAAAUUGCACUUGAUCAGCAUGGAUGUUGUAUGCUUCAACAAUGCAUUGGAAAAUCCCCUCGAGAAAUAAGGGAUCCUUUGAUUAGUGGCAUACUCACUAACUCUCUGAGCCUAUGCAUAAACCGCUACGGAAACUAUGCGGUUCAGUAUGUGUUGGAAAUGGAAAAUUGUCAAGUGGCAGCGUCUCUAGCCCAAUAUCUAGAUGGGCAUUACGUGCAACUCUCUUGUGACAAAUUUGGGAGUCAUGUUGUGCAAAAGUGUUUGGAAACUAGACAAUUUAACUCGAGGAGGAUCAUAAACGAGCUGAUAAGUGACAUUGAUUCAAUUCUUGUUGAUCGUUUCGGAAACUAUGUGAUUCAAACUGCAUGGGUGGUAUCUCAGGAUGAUAUGCGGAGUAAAUUGUUGUAUCAUAUCAACAAGAAUUAUCCUUUAAUGAGGUGCAACAUGUACGGAAGGAAAAUACUCGAGAAACUCAGUCUCUGGAUAUAGAACAACAUAUCAGGAGUAAGAUAUCGAGCCACGAUUAGAAGUUAAUGUUUGGUGUGUUUUUCUCUUUUGUCUUUUGACUUUGACUUUGACUCAUGUUGUCAAUCAGUGUUUAUGUGCUUUAUUUGUUACGUGUUUUCUUUUAGAUUUGUGUUGUAGUUUCAUU